CCCUUUUAUUCCACCUUCUUCUUCAGCUUCCACGUCUUCAACAAACUUAGAAAUGCUCAGAAACAACACUGUGAUUAGAAGACAGUUCUCAUCUUGUCUCCCAAGACUUCAAAAACUGCACAACACACCGGAAGUCAUUGCGGAGAAAGUGGAGGGCUCUGAUGAUGUUAAGCUAAAGAUCAAACCACUCAAACGUCAGAAUGAAGACCUGAAGACCAAGAGGGCCCGUUUGACGUAUCAGAGCCGUAAGAGAGGUAUAUUGGAGACCGACCUCUUGCUCUCCAGGUUCUCAAAGAAAUACUUGGACUCGUUCACAGAAGCUGAGCUCGAUGAGUACGACAAGUUACUCGAUGAACUGGACUGGGACAUUUACUAUUGGGCUACGAAGAACUACGCAAUAACACCAUUGCCAGAUAAGUGGAAAGAUUCAAAGAUCCUGAAACAACUACAGGAGUUUUCCGAGAAUAAGGAGAAGGUGAUCAUGAGAAUGCCAAGUUUGUAAAAGGGGUCCAAUUCUUCAGUGUAUACUCUUGUAAAUAUUUGUAACUCC